CUGCAGUCACUUGAUAGUAGAAGAAGCAGCAGCACCAGUAGUAGAAAUAGCACUAUGGUGUAGCACUAUGGUGUAGCACUGUGAUUUAGCACUUUGAUUUAGCACUAUGGCACACAAAGGGAAGGCUACACCGUGGCGUAGUUGGAGCUUCACUUCAGCGUUUCUGCUAGUCUGUUUAGCACCCCUGACACAGUCGUACAAUUUGAGAAAAGCACUUGGCAGAAAUAGAGAAAAUGGUCAUGAAGGAAAGAUUCUGUUUGGUAACUUCUUUGAGAAGGGGCGAACUGGUCUGCCAACAAGUAAACAUGCCAACUGGAAUGUUACCUCCUCUGCAGAAGAUGCCAUCGGUUAUCAAAAAGACUCGUCCGGGUGGUUCCAAGAUGAUCCCAGUGUACAAUGGAAGCACAUGGAGCUGUCGGUUCAAUGUGGAGCUUACCAGAUGAAGCUCGUAGCAAGGGAGCCAGAAGCGUCCCAGCUGCAACUGGUCCAAAAAAACGCCAAGUCGCUUCCCUUGACUCAGCUCCCUGAAACCUGUGGCUACUCAAUCAGUCGAAACAAUGUAAUGCUUGUAAUGGUGGCUUCAUAUGACGGCUGUACAAUGAUGCAAGAGGACGGACGCUACAUCCUACCAAUGCUUUGGCAAAGAAGGCAUAUAAUGCUCUCAUGCCCCAUAAAAGAAAUGCAUCCAGCACCACCUAUGUCUACAAGUCGACAAAUGUCCCCUAAACCAGCUGCCUUGCCCUAUCCAUACAACCAGUGGGCUAUGAGGCCUCCCUUCAACUAUUAUCCAUAUGGACAACAAGUGCAUCAAGAGCCAUCCAAGACUGACCUCCCUACUACACAAGAACCCACGACUACACCGCCAACACCACCCAAGGAGCAGCCAGCAAAAAGCCCACCUGCUUCUAAACCAGCUGGCUAUCCACAUCCACAGUACCAGUGGUCUAUGAUGCCUCCCUUCCACAAUUAUCCAUAUGGACAACCAGUGCAUCAAGAGCCAGCCAAGACUGACCUCCCUACUACACAAGCGCCCACGACGACACUGCCAUCACCACCCAAAAACCUGCCAGCAAAAAUGUCUUCUAAACCAGCUGCCUUGCCCUAUCCAUACAACCAGUGGGCUAUGAUGCCUCCCUUCAACUAUUAUCCAUAUGGACAACAAGUGCAUCAAGAGCCAACCAUGACUGACCUCCCUACUACACAAGAACCCACGACUAGAUCGCCAACACCACCCAAGGAGCAGCCAGCAAAAAGCCCACCUGCUUCUAAACCAGCUGGCUAUCCCCAUCCACCGUACCAGUGGUCUAUGAUGCCUCCCUUCAAACACUAUCCAUAUGGACAACAUGUGGUGCAUCAAGAGCCAGCCGAGACGGACCUCCCUACUACACAAGAGCCCACGACGCCAAUGCCACCCAAAGAGCUGCCAGCAAAAAUGUCCCCUAAACCAGCUGCCUUGCCCUAUCCAUACAACCAGUGGGCUAUGAUGCCUCCCUUCAACUAUUAUCCAUAUGGACAAAAUGUAGUGCAUCAAGAGCCAUCCAUGACUGACCUCCCUACUACACAAGAACCCACGACGACAUCGCCAACACCACCCAAGGAGCAGCCAGCAAAAAGCCCACCUGCUUCUAAACCAGCUGGCUAUCCCCAUCCACAGUACCAGUGGUCUAUGAUGCCUCCCUUCCAACACUAUCCAUAUGGACAACAUGUGGUGCAGCAAGAGCCAGCCGAGACGGACCUCCCUACUACACAAGAGCCCACGACGCCAAUGCCACCCAAAGAGCUGCCAGCAAAAAUGUCCCCUAAACCAGCUGCCUUGCCCUAUCCAUACAACCAGUGGGCUAUGAUGCCUCCCUUCAACUAUUAUCCAUAUGGACAACAUGUAGUGCAUCAAGAGCUAUCCAUGACUGAGCUCUCUGCUACACAAGAGCCCACGACUACACCACCCAAAGAGCUGCCAGCAAAAAUGUCCCCUAAACCAGCUGCCUUGCCCUAUCCAUACAACCAGUGGGCUAUGAUGCCUCCCUUCAAAGACUAUCCAUAUGGACAACAUGUAGUAUAUCCCUACUUGCCAGCACGAAAUCCAAGCACAAAUGUUCAGCCGGGAGGAGAUCCAGGUGUCUUGUCCUAUCCACAGAAACAGUGGGCUAUGAUGCCGCCCUUCCACAAUUAUCCAUAUGGACAACAAGUGCAUCAAGAGCCAUCCAUGACUGACCUCCCUACUACACAAGAGCCCACGACGACUCCGCCAACACCGCCCAAAGAGCUACCAGCCAAACUGUCCCCUAAACCAGCUAACUUGCCCUAUCCAUACAACCAGUGGCUUAUGAUGCCUCCCUUCAACUAUUAUCCAUAUGGACAACAAGUGCAUCAAGAGCCAUCCAAGACUCGCCUCUCUACGACACCGGAGCCCACGCCGCCGACGACACCGGAGCCCACGCCGCCGACGACACCGGAGCCCACGCCGCCGCCGACGACACCGGAGCCCACGCCGCCGCCGACGACACCGGAGCCCACGCCGCCGCCGACGACACCGGAGCCCACGCCGCCGCCGACGACACCGGAGCCCACGCCGCCGCCGACACCGGAGCCCACGGCCGACGACACCGGAGCCCUGGCUGCCGCCGAAGACACCGGAGCCCUGGCUGCCGCCGAAGACACCGGAGCCCUGGCUGCCGCCGACGACACCGGAGCCCUGGCUGCCGCCGACGACACCGGAGCCCUGGCUGCCGCCGACGACACCGGAGCCCUGGCUGCCGCCGACGACACCGGAGCCCUGGCUGCCGCCGACGACACCGGAGCCCUGGCUGCCGCCGACGACACCGGAGCCCUGGCUGCCGCCGACGACACCGGAGCCCUGGUUGCCGCCGACGACACCGGAGCCCUGGUUGCCGCCGACGACACCGGAGCCCUGGUUGCCGCCGACGACACCGGAGCCCUGGUUGCCGCCGAAGACACCAGAGCCCUGGUUGCCGCCGAAGACACCGGAGCCCACGAUGACUCAUCCUUCACCUGCUUCUCCAGAACUUGCUUUUCACCUGCUUUCUCCUAA